UCGGCACAGGACUCGUCGCCGUGAAUGAGCUCCUCCCGCCUCCUCCUCCGCCGUCUGUUGCUGCUGCUACCGCGGGUGCCCGCUUCGGCUCCCAGCUCCCCCUACCGGGGCACGCAGGCUCCAUAAGGAUCUCUCCUCGCCACAGGCUUUCUUCCGGAGGGGAUCUCCUCGUGGCUCUUUGCCUGCCUUGCACUUUUCUCUUUGUGUGUGUCUUGUGACUUGGUGUGGUUUGUCUUUUUUUUCUUACCCCCUUUCACUUUCCUUGGUGUUGUUCUCCUUUGUUGUUGUUGUUGUUGUUCUUGAAGAAAAAAAAAAAGAAAACUCUAUCCACCCCUGUGCUGUGUCUUGUUGGCCGGGAGUGAUGUUGCACGUGGAGAUGUUGACGCUGGUCUUUCUGGUGUUCUGGAUGUGCGUCUUCAGCCAGGAUCCCAGCUCCAAAACGGUGGCCGAUCGCUAUGCCGUCUACUGGAACAGCACCAACCCCAGGUUCCAGAGAGGUGACUAUCAUAUUGAUGUCUGCAUCAAUGACUAUUUGGAUGUAUUUUGUCCUCAUUAUGAGGAUUCAGUGCCAGAAGAUAAGACUGAACGCUACAUACUUUAUAUGGUGAACUUUGAUGGCUACAGCUCCUGUGAUCACACGUCCAAGGGAUUCAAGAGGUGGGAGUGCAAUCGACCUCACUCUCCAAAUGGACCAUUGAAGUUCUCAGAAAAAUUCCAGCUCUUCACUCCCUUCUCAUUAGGAUUUGAAUUCAGGCCAGGCCGGGAAUAUUUCUACAUCUCAUCUGCAAUCCCUGAUAAUGGGAGACGGUCCUGUCUAAAGCUGAAAGUCUUUGUACGACCAGCAAACAACUGUAUGAAAACUAUAGGUGUUCAUGAUCGUGUUUUCGAUGUUAACGACAAAGUAGAAAAUUCAUUAGAACCAGCAGAUGAUACUGUACAUGAAUCAGCUGAGCCAUCCCGUGGUGAGAAUGCAGCGCAGACACCAAGGAUAUCCAGUCGGUUUUUGGCAACCCUACUGUUUCUCCUGGCAAUGCUUUUGACGUUAUAGCACAUAUCCUAGCAACCUGUCACAGACAACAUCAGGAUCUUGGAACAUCAAAGAUCCCCUUAACUGCUCAUCUCAAGAAUGGGACUUGUAUUGGUUUUGCAGAUGAUGGUUUGUUUUCCUCCCCUGGUUUCCUCCCUUCUUCCACUGCAACCUGAACUAUGAGCAAAAAUUGAAGAGGCAUAACUAGCACUCUUCCCACUCCCAGUCUUUCCCCGACUUUCCUUGACCCCUUCUAAAAUAAAAGGACUCCAAAUGAAAAUGCCAAAUUUCAAUAUUGACACUAGUGAUUCUUACUUUCCUCUGCAGCCUCUCUUAAGAUACCACCUCUGUUAGCUUGCUGGGCCAUCUGUAUGUGGAGAAGAAAGAAUAGUAGCAAAUGCAGUCAGUUGGAGGAUAAGGAAGUUGUUUGGAAAAUUCUCUCCAAUGCAAUAUUUAUUCCUCCUCAUUCUGCACUGUAAGAUGAUCAUGCAUUGUGUCACCAUGUCAGGACUGGAAGGGAGAUAUUAAGAAUAAAUAUAGCAUAAUACCAUUUCCUCCAGGAAUUUCUCCAUGAACAGGCUUCUCAGAGGAAAGAGAUGCUCUUUUGUAUGCAACUGCCUUGAAAGAUCCUUGACAGAACUUGUGCUCCUCAUCAGAACCUAUGUAAUUAAGGGCGAAGACAGUGACUACUGAGGAAUGCUAGCACACAAGCAAGGUCAGAUUUAGGAAGCUCUGCUGGGGUGUUUAUUAUCUCUCUAAAUGGAUAGCGCACACCUGAUUAUUUUUCUUUUGAAAUAGAUCACCAUGGUGCUACAAUCUUUUUUCUUCAGAUGCAAAGAGGCAUUUUCUAUACCUUCCUUUUUUCUUCUUUUUUUGUGUGUGAAUAAAGUGACCUUUCCCAAGGCUGACUUACUAGCCGAUAGCCUUGGAUACCACUCUGGGUGAUGAUGCAUGCUAAGAUGAUAAAAACACUGGGGGGAAUAAUCCUGGUGAAUGAUACAGAAUCCCCAGUGUGCUCAUGAUUUGCCUCCCUUGAAAGUUAGACAACCCUUGGAGUAAAGUGCAGCCAGAAAGGGGCCAGAAUAGUUGUCACAGAGAGUGGUUUAUAGGAACAAAAAGAACAGAAAGAAUAUGUUGAACUCUGGAGUGAAUUCAGGUAUUGGUUUUAUACCUCUCUUCUUUCCAACACAGUGGAAAUGUUUUUAUCAGCAGGAGAUAAACUAGGUGGACUC